GUGGACAGCGGUUCCGUGGAGAGCAGACUAGUGAGGUUGGGGGCAGGGGUGAGUGGAAGACUGUGUGUGCACAUGAUGGAGCUGGCUGAUGGUGUCCAGGGCAGGGCAAAGAACUCCCAAAGGCUUAGAGCGCCCCGGCUGUGGGGUCUUUGCCAGCAGACUAGUCCCUCCCACCUCAGCCUUGCCUCUGGAGAGAUUGAAGGUCACAUCUGCUCUUGGCUGGGGCCUGGAAUGGAGUUUGGGCGCCCUGGGGCAAGGAGCUGAAUCACGAGGGCCCUGCCCUGCGGGCCCCUUCCAACGCCCUAGUUUCCAGCCCAGGGAUGGAGCUCACUGAUGGAGACACCUCUUGAGAAGGCCCUGACCACUAUGGUCACCACUUUCCAUAAAUAUUCGGGGAGAGAAGGCAGCAAACUGACCCUGAGCAGGAGGGAACUAAAGGAGCUGAUCGGGAAGGAGCUGUGUCUUGGAGAGAAGAUGAAGGAGACCAGCAUUGAUGACCUGAUGAAGAGCUUGGACAAGAACAGUGACCAGGAAAUUGACUUUAAGGAGUACUCGGUGUUCCUCACCACACUGUGCAUGGCCUACAACGACUUCUUCCUGGAGGACAGUAAAUGACCAGGGCUCAGCCCCUUCCCCCUGG